CAAACCAAGCAGCCGCAGUAAGAGGCUGAGAGCGGCUGUGAGAGCGCUUUUUGAAAGAGAAAAGUGCAAACUUUGAAGCGAUGGAUCCACUGGUUGCUGCUAUUGACCAGGGCACGAGCUCCACCAGGUUCCUGGUAUUCAACGCUAAAACAGCAGAACUGAUCAGUCAUCAUCAAGUCGAGAUCAACCAGAGAUUUCCCAAAGAAGGGUGGGUGGAGGAAGACCCCAAAGAGAUUAUGCAGUCCAUCUAUGAGUGCAUAGAGAGGACUUGUGAGAAACUUGGCCAGCUCAACAUCAACAUCGCCAAUAUAAAAGCUGUGGGAGUGACCAAUCAGAGAGAGACAACCCUGGUUUGGGACAAAUUAACUGGAGAGCCACUCUACAAUGCCAUUGUUUGGCUGGACCUGCGCACACAGUCAACAGUGGAGAGGCUCAUCAACAAGGCUCCGGGCCAAGACAAGAACCACCUCAAGCUGAAGACGGGUCUUCCCAUCAGUACCUACUUCAGCGCGGUGAAGCUGCGUUGGUUACUGGAUAAUGUGGACGAGGUGCAGGAGGCCGUUCAGAGUCGGCGCGCCAUGUUUGGAACUGUGGAUUCCUGGGUCAUCUGGUGUCUAACAGGGGGCAAGCAUGGAGGUGUUCAUUGUACAGAUGUGUCUAAUGCCAGUCGCACGAUGCUCUUCAACAUCCACACCAUGGAUUGGGAUCUUGAACUCUGCAGGUACUUUGACGUCCCAAUGGAAAUCCUCCCUGAAGUCAGAAGCUCAUCUGAAAUAUAUGGUUGGAUGAAAUCCAGUUCGCUUGUCGGCGUUCCGAUCUCUGGGUGUCUGGGCGAUCAGUCGGCUGCUCUGGUUGGUCAGAUGUGCUUCAAAGAAGGCCAGACCAAAAACACGUACGGCACUGGUUGCUUUUUGCUCAGAAAUACAGGCACCAAGGCUGUUAUGUCUCAACACGGCCUGCUCACCACAGUUGCCUACAAGAUGGGAAAACACCAGCCGGCCUACUACGCACUAGAGGGUUCAGUGGCCAUAGCUGGGGCAGUGGUACGGUGGCUGAAAGAUAACCUGGGUAUCUUGCAGGCCUCCUCUGAGAUCGAGAAGCUGGCGGCUACAGUAGGAACAUCUUACGGCUGUUACUUUGUACCGGCUUUCUCGGGACUCUAUGCCCCUUACUGGGAGCCCAGCGCAAGAGGCAUCAUCUGUGGACUCACUCAGUUCACAAACAGGAGCCACCUUGCUUUUGCCGCCCUAGAGGCCGUCUGUUUCCAGACCAGAGAGAUCCUUGAUGCAAUGAACCAGGACAGCGGGAUCCCGCUGGCACAGCUGCAGGUAGACGGGGGUAUGACGGUCAACAGAUUACUGAUGCAGCUGCAGGCGGACAUCCUCUGCAUUCCCGUGGUGCGAAGUGGCAUGGCAGAGACCACAUCCCUCGGUGUAGCCAUGGCAGCAGGGGCAGCAGACGGGGUCAAGGUGUGGAGCCUGGAGCCAGAUGACCUUCCACAUGUUACGUCUGAGAAAUACGAGCCUCAGAUCAACACAGAGGAAAGCGAGUUCCGCUUUGCUCGAUGGAAGAAAGCCGUCCAGAAAGCCAUGAACUGGGAGACCACGGAGCUCUGCUGCAACGCUGACGGUCAGCAGCAAUAAGGACACCUGAAGACCAGGACCUGUGCUGACAGCUGCAGCAACAUCUCCACUGCCAACACCAAGCCUCAUGGCCCUUUGAACAAUUCAUUCAUCACCUCAAGUGCCAGCUGGAACUUCUAACACCAUCUCCAAGCAGAAGAGGAACCGUUUUUGGUUAUAGUUUUUCUAAACUCAGACCUGACAGGUCUGAAACAUUUUGUUCAGAUAAACUGGUACUGCUGCUCCACAUGCUUUCAAAACAGGAAAUUAGAUUUUUGUCAGUGCAAAUGGAACCUGUCAGCAUGAAACAGGACAUUCUGAGAGAGAGAAAAAAAAAAAGCACUUUAUAAACGUGUGCCGUCCGUGCAAACCUGUAACAUCCACGACGCAGUGAGGCGCCAACACGCAGGAACUAGUUUUUUAAAAGCUACCAAAAAAGAAAAAAUAAUAAUGCUUAAUGAUAAAUUACAGACACACAGAGUUGAAGGUAAAUCAAAAUGUGACUUUUUCCACUGCUCGAUUUUAAAAGAAAAAAGUUAGCAAUAAGAAUUCAUAAAUUCAAAGUUUAGUCUCAAUAUUACUUUAUGUCAUGAGCAUCUGUAGUAAAUAAAUAAGCCAGAAGUAAAGAGAAAAUCUAUAAAACAGCCCGUAAGAUGUUGGAAAACAGCUUCCGUUUCUCUGUUGCAGAGUCACAUCGACUUAAACCUCACAUGUAACUCCGCCUACUGCACAUAGUUUGUGACCUCAGGACGUCUUUUCAGACACAUUGUGCUGAACAUAUUUACCAGGAUCUGCUCUUCUUAACUGUGGGGUUUUCUGUUUGAUGUUAGCUGGACCGAUCAGGUCCAAGUUCAAAAGCCUAGUCCUCCAGUGAGUAACGUGGAUUUAACUGCAGAAAUAUACACUUCCUAGUGGAUGACACAACUUUAAAAGGUCAGAAUUAGAAAGAGAGAAAAUCAAAACCACAGGCAAACCCAGAGGGAAAUGGUACUAAUUUAUUCUGUUCAUAUAAAUCCGAAGUAGCAAAAAAACACACAAACUGGUGUUAAUUUAACACACCUGUUCCACAGGACACCGUUCUAUACGAUCCAGAAAAGGUUCAAAAACGGAAUAAAACUGUUUAUGCCUCUUAAAGGUAAAGCCUGCACCCAGCUGCGGUUCUCAGCCAAAAACUGCAACAAACACUGCUUUUGUUUGUUUUUUUUUAACCUCGAUGGAGCACAAGCUGUACUCACUAGACACACCGGAAGUGACCAGUGUAAUGAUGUCGAUUUGGUGAAUCGGUAUGAAAUUUUUGUACCGCUCGAAAAUUCCACCCUAAUUUCCAAACUGGUGCCGUAACUACUGUGUACACCAAGUUUGGUCAAGACUGACAAAAGGUGGAUCAAGGAGUUACUGUGACGCUUCAAAACGAGCCCCGAUUUGCUAUAUGGGAUAAAACUGGAAGGAACAGCGCUCUGUAGAAUAGGAAUAUAACCGCUGUUUAUGUAGAAGCAGGCAAACUAAAUAUUAACGGGAUCAUGUAAAUUUUAAGUAUUUUUCUAUCUUAACAGAAGGUUUUAAUUAAUGUGACUGAAUUAUCUAUGUAUUUUGUACAAAUUCUUCCCCUCGUCCUUUCUGUACAGAUUUCUCCUGCUUGUAAUUUGUUUCACACAUGGACGCACACACGUAAUAAAACGUGAUCACAGUGAUUGUUCACAGCUCGUGGGGCUUAGUUUUAAUUCUGCUGUGGAAAACAUCAGUUUUGGUGGCAAACAGGAGCUCAGCCAUGUCCAAAAUAA